AUGUGUUUUUUUGCCUUGGCUGUUGCAAUUGUUAUAUGUAGUUGGUUGUUACAUUUAAAAUCUUCUGACUAUGGUCCUUUAAUGGGAAAUCAAUGGUUUACUGCACCUGUUGUAUUGAUUAUCUCAGCGAAAUUUUCAAUGUUACUUGGUCUUAUUGGAUGUCUUGGUGCUUGGUUUGAGAAAAAACCUUUGCUUUUUAUUUAUAUUAUAACGAUGGUUUUAAUUUUCGCUGGAUUAUUAGUUGGUGUCGUAUUUGUUAUCGCUUUAAAUGAACAAGUAGCAAUAUCUGCUCGAAAAGACUUAUUGGAUAAUAUUCGUCAAUAUCCAUAUGAAGAAAAUACUUUUCGUAAAAAAAUGGAUCCAAUUCAAAGAAGACUUCAUUGUUGUGGUAUUGAUGAAUAUCGUGAUUGGUUUAAUACUGAUAUUUGGUCGGGACAGACUUAUGUUCCUGAUACAUGUUGUAUUGAAGAAAAACUUGAUUGUGGAAAACAAAUAACUGCUAAUGUAACUAAUGGAUUGAUUUAUACAGAGGGUUGUUUUAAUAUGAUUCAGAUUGAAAUUAAUCGAAACUUAAUGAUUGUUGGUAUACUUUCUUUUGUUCUUGUUUUUGUUGAAGGUUUUUGUAUUGUUGCUGCUCUUGGUCUACUUUGUUAUCUUCGUCAACGUGAUAGUUAUAUAUGA